AUGGAAACACGACCCGCUUCAUCAGCUGUCGGAUUAGUGGGAUUAGUUCUCUUUCUUGUCUCGGUACUUUUUUUAAUCGUGAUGUUGAACUUGGUGAAAGAAAAGCUCCACUGUUUUGAAGACGAAGAAUAUAUUCCUCCUGUCUUACCUAUGGUAAAAGAAAUAGACGAUUUGCCCAUCGUUGUGUCUGCGGCGCAUGCGAAAAAUUUUGACCAAUCGAUUGCUAUGCUACAAACGGUGUUGGUGCAUUUGACUCGACAGCAUCCGAGCAUGCAUGUAAUAUUCUAUGACAUUGGCUUGACAGAAAUUCAAAACGAUACAUUGUUUAGUUUGCCAAACAGCGCAACCAUUGAAAUACGUCGGUUUCCUUUCUCCAAAUAUCCGUCUCAGUUACAACGAAUUCAUUCAGGUGCCUUAAAGCCGGUAAUUCUAGAGGAAGUUCUAGUAGAGUAUGAUUUCGUGAUGUGGGUCGGACCUUCUCUCCGGUUCCACUCCGAUGGUAAGUUAGACAUUUUGUUUGAUCUUGGACGAUCUGCUAAAAGCGGAAUAAUUGUCCUAGAUGGAGUAAAGCAUCUCAAUGCCAAGGCCACAAGGGACCUUGUAAUACAUAGUGUUCGCGAUGAGCCAAUUUUUUAUGAAUAUUCCAGAGAAUUAAACACCGAGUGGCUUCUUGUCAACAGACGAACUGAUGUCAUGGAGACAGUUAUAACGCCAUGGGUAAAAUGCGCUGUCAGACGUAAAUGUUUUUCUUCACAACAAACCAUUUCCGCGCAUCCGUGUGGAGUUACUAGAGGAAUAAGGACUAACAAGACAGCAUACAGUGAAGAUCAAGUAGAGGGCUGUAACAUCGACCGUUCAGUUCUGUCUGUUAUGUUGUAUAAACUCUACGAUGGCUGCAUCCACGCAUAUAUGUUUACAAAAAAAAUGAUUAAUUAUGACAUUACCAUUUGCUCCUGA